AUGACCAGCACCAACGCGACGUCGGAAGUUGAAGAUUCGGUGACAGAAACCAUGUCGUUAACAUCCGGCAACAAACCCAGACUGUCUUUGGCAAACGUCGCCCUUGGGCGCAAAUUCGCUAAACGCAUGUCUACGUUCAAGCGUCUAGGUACUGUAGGGAGCAUCUCGGGGCCCCCGCUGAUGGAGCGCGAGCCUACGUACCAGUUGGAGCCCAUUAAACGCUUCAGCUGUGCCCCCGUAGAGAAGGCCAUCAAGGAAACUAUGGACGGUAAGCUACAGGAUGCCGUAUAUGACGCUAAAAAGUGUUCCCUUUGGAUCAAAACUAUGAGCGAAGACAUAAAAUAUAAGGUCAAACUGCUCGGAUUCGACAGACACAAGAUCGUGGUGGUGAUGACCCUUUGUCAGCGAACUAACCAAGACGCCGUUUGCACGUCACGGUGCCAGUGGGACCCAAAGUUUGACAACCACGUUACCUACACGUUCGCGAACCUUCACCUGAUGUGUAAUGCCACCGUGUUUGGCGUAUAUCGGGAGUAG